AUGGCUUCCACUAAUCUAUCAUCCAUCCUCAGGGACCAUCUCUAUUCCACAGAUGACAAAUUGAAAAGAGGGAGACCUCCUCAUUUGCUUAAGAGUACUGACGAAGAUAGAAUCAUUGAUGGGGAGCCAGCGCCGGAAAUAGCUCCAGUGAUUGAUCCUGCGUCGAUAUCAAGAUGCUGCAUAGAGAGAGGCCUAUUACCAGCAAUCCCUUUAUUCUUCCAAUAUCCAUGUGGCAUCAACAAAGGUUGGUCCGAGUGGGUUGACCGUGAACUAAGGGACCCUUCCACUUGUGACAUUCUGAGCCGGGCAGGGGUGCUGGAUGCUAUUUUUAUUUCUAAAGCUUGUGACAUUCAUAUUGAAGCCAAGAUGCUCCGGCAUGUGGUUAGGCGAUGGAGUACCGAGACACACACCUUCAUCUGCUCCUGGGGAGAGUUUGCUCCCACGCUUGAGGAUGUAGCCAACAUUUUCCGGCUCUCACUUUACGGCAGUCAAGACCCCUUCCACAUUGCGUUGACCCCGGAAGAUAAGUUAAAGCUUGAGACUUUAAGGAAGGGUGCUCCGACUUCUCCUAGCACUUCCCUGCGGUUUAGCAACUGGGUACAAUUCUUCGGAGAUGUUAAUAGGAAUGAGUCGUGUCGCCUUGCAGCGUUUAUAUCAUUAUGGCUUGGAAGAUUCAUUUUCUGUGAUUUUUCUCAAGACUGUUUGCACGAGGGGGUUCAGAUGCUUGAGAAAGGGGCGGCCGGAACCAUGGCUGUGGAGACUUUCCUGAAUUCUAGUUUCCUGCAAGUCUUUUAUGGGAGUGCCUUCAAGGGAUAA